CAUCUACGCAUCACCUUCCAUUUGCGCAAGGUAUUUCUUUCGAGUGGUAAUCCACGUGCGAGAAACGAUCAUUAUGGACAAACCAGUUGUUUUGGCGCGUGUCAUUAAAGUUCUGGGCCGCACCGGGUCACAAGGACAAUGUACCCAGGUGAAAGUGGAGUUCCUCGGCGAGCAGAAUCGGCAGAUUAUCAGAAACGUGAAGGGACCGGUACGAGAAGGUGAUCUCCUAACCUUGCUCGAAUCUGAGCGCGAAGCGAGAAGGCUUCGAUAAUGCUUUAUCAACACCGGAAAAAGAAAAUUAAUGGUCACCAGCCUCCUGCAUUUCACCGGAAUAUCUCACCAGCAUUUUCGGAACGUGGAUCUCCCACACAUGGACCGUGGAUCAUGCAUCAUAGAUCGUCGACCAUCGAUAAUUGGCACUUCCUACCACGUGUCUUUCGAGAGGACACUGUCAACUGCAGAUCAUGGAUCGUAAAUCGUGAAUCAUGGCCAUCAAUCGUCGAUAUCGGACAGUCCUACCACAUGCUUUUCGAGAGGAUGCUGCCACGUGUGGAUCACGUUUCUUGGAAAUGGGGAAACUUGAAAUUAUGUUUUCUCUGAAACAUUCCUUACACCUGAGAAUUCUGACUCUUACAAUAAAUCUCAGCUGGUAACCACAA